AGCCACAGUAGUAGAUAGCAUGCGGGAGUCGAUACACGCACUUCGUUGUGGCUUCUUGUGCCUCCAAGGUACACAGAGCAAGCGGACCCGGUCGAGGUAAGCCUGUGCUAAUUUGCAAAUUGGCUUGUUCACUUGGUUUUCAUGCCAUAACUUCUGAACGCGGCACUUUUACAAAAAUCGCCAUUUUAAAAAUGAAGCGGGUGUAGCGCUGAACACGUUGGUGUCGCUAUUUUACCUGUUUGUCGCGCGUGGUGGCAGAAAACGUGGACGGACGGACAGGCGGACGGACUAGUAAGUACUGUUUACGCAAACGAGCAUGCGCAGGUCGGGCGCUUGCGGCGAUGGCGUUCUCGGUUGUUUACUUCGCUUUGGGGAUACCACUGAUCGCAGCUGGAUACUGGAUGUUUAGGGUAAGUUUUUAAUUCUAGUUGACCGACACACACACGUAGGUUACUCAUCACAUUUCCAGGCCAGCCCGAGUGGCUAGGUGGUUAGAGUCGUGGGGACUGACACCAUAGGCGGUACAGUCUAGUCACACCGGACACCCACCCGGCGCGGCCGCCGCCCGCCCCCUUAGCCGCUGGAAUUUCCGGGCCCACUGCGCAUGUCCCCGCUCCUAACACUAAUUUUACGCAAACGAGGUCAAGCGCUUAAUUGCGGCAGUGCAGUACGUAUGGCUUUUCUCUCGUCCUCUGUUUACUUCGCUUUGGGGAUACCACUGGUCGCAGCUGGAUACUGGAUGUUCAGGGUCUUCUUUGUGAAUGGAGCUGCGUGUAAGAGUAAGGCCAGGCUGGACGGGAAGACAGUCGUAAUCACAGGAGCCAACACUGGAAUAGGCAAAGAGACGGCCAUCGACCUGGCAAGUCGAGGUGGAAGGAUAAUUCUGGGGUGUCGCAAUGUCCAGCGAGGAGAGAAAGCUUGCUCUGAGAUCCGCGAAAAGAGUGGCAGAGAAAACGUCUUCUUUCGUCAGCUUGACUUAGCCUCCUGCAAAUCAAUCCGCAGUUUUGCCGAGCGAAUCCUAACUGAAGAAAAAGAGAUAAACAUUCUCAUCAACAAUGCCGGGAUAAUGAUGGUGCCUUACCAACUCACUGAGGACGGAUUCGAAUCACAAUUUGGCGUCAACCAUUUGGGCCACGUUCUUCUUACUUAUCUGCUACUGGAUCGCAUCAAGGAGUCGGCCCCUAGUCGAAUUAUCAAUGUAGCGUCUUUUGGACAUCAAUAUGGUUCGCUGGAUUUUCGACGACAUGCUGUGGAAGAAAGGUAUAGCUCCGGCUUGGCGUACACUAGGAGCAAGCUGGCUAACGUUAUGUUUACCCGAGAGCUCGCCAAACGGCUCUCGGGAAGUGAUGUAACCGUUUUCUCCCUCCACCCCGGUGCAAUCUACACUGAACUCGGUCGCCAUUUACUCACUGGUUACCUCGCCCCUCUCAUUCCGUUGGUUCGUGUAGCGAUGUGGUUGUUUACGAAGACUGCUAAGCAAGGAGCGCAGACAUCGAUCCACUGUGCAGUGGCCAAAGAGGUGGAGGGAAUAUCAGGCAAAUAUUGGGACAGCUGUGCCGUGAAUAAAAGCUCUGCACGCUCCAUGAACGAUGAUGACUGUCUUCGACUCUGGGACCUCAGCUGCCAACUACUUGGUAUCGAUUCCGAUUGGUGAUUGGUGAUGUCAUCAUUACGUCAUUGGGAAUUGUGAAGUUUACGAAAACAUUAGGUCGUUUCAGAGAUUGUAUAUAAUAAUAUGGGAAUUUCUUAGCUUGUGAAAAACAGUGAUAAGUUAGAUGUUGCAUGUACAAAGAUUUAUUGAAAAGAGAAAGGUGGUAUAUAUAAUCAAAAAUUCAGCAUGACGUUGUCACGUUACCGAGUGAAACGAAAAAUCAAAAUAAAUGUUGAAGCGGUGCCUUUUUUUCAUGAUGUCGUGCCUUUGAGUGAAUUUACUAACCUACAGAGUAAUGGGAGGAGGGGAGAGGAAGGGAGAGAGAUGAGGAAAAAGAUGGGAGAGAAGAGAAACGAUUGUGUGAAAAUCCUGCAGAUAGUUUUAAAAAAAUCUAAAUAAGGGACACCUUGGGGAGAUGGAAGGUUUAGAUGUGUCCCUUAUUUGGAGGUAGUAAAUGCACCAAUAGUAUAAGAAACUGAGAAUCUCAAAUGUAUGGGCAU